ACAUAUUUGCUGCGGAUCUGUUCUCUAGAACAACGGCGAUCUGAAUCGGCGACUACGGUGGAUCAACCAGGUUUCGUCUAUGGUUCUUUUUAUUCGUGAUUGCCAAAAAAUUGACAGAUAUGGCAAUGAGAAGGGGCCACGGACCUAUGAGGGGAAGAGGCAUGUUCCGUCCUCCUGUAUUUAAGACUUUUUUUCCUCAUUUUCCUUUUGAUAUGGUUCAAUGCGAAGGAGCUUUUCAAAGGGCUAAACCAUCUUGUGACGAUAAAUUGUUUACGGAGGCAUUGCUAAAACGUAAUCAAGAUCUUACACCGACAGCUGCUGAACAAGCAGCAGUAUUGAAUUUAGUGACUAAAAUCAAUGCCACAUUAGAUAAUUUGGUAGUACAACCAGGCAAUUUCGAAUCAGCUCAACUCGAGGAAGUUAGACAGGUCGGAUCUCAUAAGAAAGGAACAAUGAUGUCCUGUCAUAACGUAGCGGAUGUCGUAGUCAUUUUAAAAACACUACCAACUGUCGAAGCGGUUACUGCUCUUGGCAAUAAGGUAUUGGAAGCUCUACGUCAAACUGAUCCACACGAAGUUUUAACAAUUCUAUCAAAUGAAGGCGGCUUUGAAAUAAGUUCUGCUGAAGCUACAGUCAAGGUUCUAAUCACUACAAUCCCUCCAAAUCUUAAAAAACUCGAUCCGGAAUUACACUUGGAUGUCAAGAUUAUGCAAGGUCACCUAGGUGCUAUUAGGCAUGCUAGGUGGUUCGAAGAAAAUGCAUUUCACUCAAGUGUUAAAGUGCUUAUUCGUCUACUAAAAGAUCUCAGACAGAGAUUCGAUGGCUUUCAAAGUUUAACACCAUGGAUAAUUGAUCUUCUUGCUCAUUAUUCAAUUAUGCAUAACCCCAGUAGACAACCUUUAUCUGUUAAUGCGGGAUUUAGACGAUGUCUUCAACUAUUGGCGUCAGGAAUAUUUCUUCCUGGAUCAGCUAGUAUUCAUGAUCCUUGUGAACCCGGACAAGUUCGAAUACACACUAUAUUAUCAUUAGAACAGCAGGAUCAAAUUUGUUAUACUGCGCAAACAUUAUUACGUGUCCUUACACACGGUGGCUAUAAGCAAAUUGUGGGUUUAGAGCUAGAUCGAACUGAUAUUGAUAGUGCGAUGACUGUUUGGAAUGGUGUAGUUGUCACUCCUAGCGAUAAAGCUUAUGAGAAGAUUGAUGAUAAAAAGGAUGAAGAGACCGAUAACUCAUCUAUAGAUCAAUCUGGACAAGCAAUUUUGGCUUAA